AUGUCCCUACUUCAGACUGAACAAGAAGUACUGGUUAAUACCAGAGGUGGUGGAGUUUAUAUCCCACCUUCUAGAUUAAAAUUACUGCAGCAAAAAGUUACAGAUAAAUCAAGUGCAGAGUACCAACGAAUUACCUGGGAUGCCCUCAAAAAAAGUAUUAAUGGACUUAUUAACAAAGUUAAUACAUCAAACAUCAAAAAUAUUGUUUUUGAAUUGAUAAAUGAAAACUUGAUUCGUGGUAGAGGACUUUUUGCAAGAUCAAUAAUGAAGGCACAAGCAGCUUCACCACCAUUUACACCGGUUUAUGCGGCAUUAAUCUCUAUAAUCAACACUAAACUACCACAAGUUGGAGAAUUGGUACUUACUAGGUUGAUUGUUCAAUUCCGUAAAGCAUAUAGAAGAAAUGAUAAAACAACAUGUCUUGCCACAACAACAUUUAUCGCACAUUUAUGUAAUCAUCUUGUAGCUCAUGAAAUUGUUGCGCUACAAAUUCUUGUGCUUCUUCUCGAAAGUCCAACAAGUGAUUCAGUUGAAGUUGCCGUAGGGUUUAUUCGAGAAUGUGGAGCACAUUUGGCAGAAGUUUCACCAAAGGCGAAUAAUGAUGUUUUUGAUCGUUUUAGGGCAAUUUUACAUGAAGCAAAUGUUGAAAAGAGAGUUCAAUAUAUGAUUGAAGUCUUAUUUCAAGUAAGGAAGGAUAAAUAUAAAGAUAAUCCUCCAAUAGCUCCCGAAUUGGAUUUAGUCAAAGAUGAUGAUCAAAUAACUCAUCAUUUAUCGUUGGAUGAUGAAUUGGAUGUCGAGGAAACUCUUGGUAUUUUUAACUAUGACCCCGAUUAUUUAGUAAAUGAAGAGAAAUACAAAGAAAUCAAGACACAAAUUUUAGGCGAGGAUUCCGGAGAUGAAGAAGAUGAAUCUGGUUCUGAAAGCGAUGAAAGCAUUGCAAAAAAAGUGGAAAUUCGCGAUCAAACAAAUACAAAUUUGAUCAAUUUGCGUAGGACAAUAUAUUUAACUAUCAAGUCGAGUGUUGAUUUUGAAGAAUGUUGUCACAAACUCAUGAAACUUAGUAUUCAGGAAGGACAGGAAAUGGAACUCUGCAACAUGAUUAUCGAAUGUUGUUCUCAAGAGCGAACUUAUGAAAAAUUUUUUGGACUAAUUGGAGAACGUCUCGCAAAAAUAAAUCUGGUGUGGGCCAAAGCUUUUGAACAGUGUUUUGUCCAAUAUUAUGAGACAAUUCAUCGAUAUGAAACAAAUAGGUUACGAAAUGUUUCAAAGUUUUUCGGACACCUUUUGGCAUCCGACGCUUUGUCCUGGCAAGUGUUUAAUAUUAUCAAAUUAACCGAAGACGAUACCACAUCAAGUUCUCGAAUCUUUGUAAAAAUUUUAUUUGAAGAACUGAGUGGUACUUUAGGUUUACAAAAACUUAAAGAAAGAUUAAAAGAUAGCACAAUGAUGGAAUAUUUUACUGGUCUAUUUCCAAAGGACAAUCCACGAAAUACUCGUUUCGCAAUUAAUUAUUUCACUAGUAUUGGUUUAGGUUUAUUAACUGACGAGUUAAGAGAACAUUUACAGAACGCGCAGAAAUUGCUUAUGGCGCAGAAACAUGCUCUACAAAGUAGUAGUUCAUCAGAUUCUUCGUCAGAUUCAUCUUCAGAUUCAUCUGGUUCAUCAUCGGAUUCAUCGUCUGAUUCUUCAUCGAGUUCAUCGUCAUCGAGGCGUAG